GAUCCUCCAUAGUGUUUGAUAUGAGUCUGGUGUAUAUCGUGGUGGCUCUGGUCGCAGUCAUACUAAACAACAUCCUUAUGGAGAGGAUCAGUCUACACACACGAAUCACUGUGGGUUACCUGUUUGCUCUGAGUCCUCUGGUGUUCGUCAGCGUGUUUGAUGUGUGGUUGGAAUCCUUCACCACCAGACAGGCUUACAUCGUCAACCUCUUCUCUGUUGGGGUGGUCGCCUUCGGAUGUACAGUGCAGCAGUCCAGUUUCUAUGGUUACAUGGGGAUGCUGCCCAAGAGAUACACACAGGGGGUGAUGACUGGAGAAAGUACAGCAGGUGUAAUCAUCUCUCUGAGUCGUAUCUUCACUAAACUCCUGAUCAGUAACGAGAGGAUAAACACACUCAUCUUCUUCCUGGUGUCCAUCACCAUGGAGAUGCUCUGCUUCCUUCUCCACCUCAUUGUCCGUCGCUCACGAUUCGUCCUUUACUACACAGGCCCCACCCACCGGGGUCACAGCCUGGGGAAAGGUCAUGACAUUGGGUCGGAGGUCAGCGGGACAGGAUACAGGGUUCACCACGACGUCACUACAGAGGAAGGUAACGGAGUGGUGGCGACGACGUCGCCAUCUGAUGAUGUCACAGAUGAGUUCACAGGAGGGACGUACGUUCGGUUUGGAGUUCCUAAAGACAAGAUCCGGAGAAGCUGGCCUGGACUACGAGAUAUGUUUCUUCACAGGUACAUCGUUGCCAGAGUGAUCUGGGCCCACAUGUUGUCUAUAGCAGUGACCUAUAGCAUCACUCUGUGUCUGUUUCCUGGUCUGGAAUCAGAGAUACGCAACCCAACCCUGGGGGAGUGGCUACCUAUACUCAUCAUGGCCACAUUCAACAUGGCCGACUUCGUAGGCAAGGUCAGUU